GCUGAAGAUGGCCGCGGCCCCACUCUACACUAUCAGACUAGUGCAGCUAGUGCAGUCGGAUAGUUCGUGCCCUACUUUGUACCUGGAUUGUAGCUGUUUCUGUAGUACAACUUUUACCGUUAGUGAACGCGGUCGCUCGGUGACCAGUGAGUGGCCUAUGAGGGAUUAUGACCGAUUUUUAAUCGCUUGAUGCGAAAAAAUGUCCUCGCUAGGAAUUAUGACCCUUACGCGUGCCCCGUGUGAGCUCGACAAGAUGAGCCUCUUCCAGGACCUGAAACUGAAGCGAAGAAAAGUGGAUUCACGUUGCAGCAGUGACGGCGAAUCUGUCGCCGAUACUAGCACAUCAUCGCCAGAUCUCGUCAGCCCUUCGUCUCCAAAAAUGUCCGAGGCGGUCGUGAGCCCCCCCAGCCCCGACUCCACUCCGCACCACCCGCCCGAGCCGACCCUGGACAGCGUCUCCAGCCGGCUGGAGGACUCCGGCGUGUUCGACGGCGGGGGUGUAAUCCGCCCGUUGCCCCGCUCGCAGGGCCCCCCGUUCCCGGCGCCCGCCGCCGGCCCCCGCCAGCCUCCGCGGCCCCACAGCUCGCCGCACAGCCCCGGCAUGGCGCCCCCCGAGCCGCGCUCGGUCAUCAUCAGCCCCCUAUGGAAGCAGCGCAUCAAUGGCGUCAAACCCGAGCUCAUCGGUGGCAGCCCCGCACGACCCUCGGGCGCCGCCCCCGCCAGACAAACCCCCACCGUCAUCAUGGGCGAGGCGGGCGGCGUUCGAACCAUGAUCUGGUCGCAACCAGAAACGCCGCCACAUGCCACCACAUCCUGGGGCUCCGCCCCUGAGGAGAGCGCCGCCCAAAUGCUACUCAACUUAGGCCAGGACCGGAUUCGGCCCGUGGCGAGAAACGUGCCCCAGCAGGCGCCCUCCACAGCACACUUCGCCGCCGCCCCACUUAACAUGGAGAGACUCUGGGCGGGGGAUUUGAGGCAGCUUCCGUUGAGUCAAACGCCGUUGAACUUGUCGUCACCGCCCCCGGUUUAUACUUCGGGGGCAGAAAAGAAUGUUGGAGAGUCGACGAGCGAAUCGCAAGAAGCAGCUGAAGAAGAGGAACAACCGAUGAUUUGCAUGAUUUGCGAAGAUAAAGCCACGGGAUUACAUUAUGGGAUCAUUACGUGUGAAGGGUGUAAAGGAUUCUUCAAGAGAACAGUGCAGAAUAGAAGAGUUUACACUUGUGUGGCAGAUGGAAAUUGCGAAAUUACCAAAGCCCAAAGGAAUCGAUGUCAGUAUUGCCGGUUCAAGAAAUGUAUCGAACAGGGAAUGGUUUUGCAAGCCGUGAGAGAGGACCGAAUGCCUGGUGGGCGGAACAGCGGCGCCGUGUACAACCUAUACAAAGUGAAAUACAAAAAGCACAAAAAGCCCGCGUGCAAACAGCCUCCAAAAGCCGCCGAGAAGAACAUUUUGAGUCAACAGUUCAAAAUGGAGCAACCAUCCAGUAUUCCAGCGAACCUAGUCAACGGGACCAUAUUGAAAACGGCGUUAACCAAUCCGAGUGAAGUAGUUCGUUUAAGGCAAAGAUUGGACAGUGCAGUUAGUAGUUCGAGGGACCGUAAUUUCUCAAUAGAAUACUCUUUAUCGAUGAUAAAAACACUUAUAGACUGUGAUGAAUUUCAAGAUAUAGCAACUUUACAAAAUUUGGACGAUUUAUUAGAUCAUAAUACGGACCUCAGUGAGAAACUUUGUCAUAUCGGUGAUUCUAUCGUUUAUAAACUUGUGCAAUGGACGAAACGACUUCCAUUUUAUUUAGAACUACCUGUUGAAGUUCAUACUAGACUUUUAACGCAUAAGUGGCAUGAGCUUCUCGUUCUUACGACAUCGGCGUAUCAAGCCAUUCAUAAAGCGGGUGAUCAGUUAACCACCAUCAUUAAAACCGACUUCAACCACGAGGUAGAGACAAAUCUGUGUACAUUGCAGAGUUGUCUGACUUCGAUGAUGGGUCGAGAAAUAACGAUAGAACAACUCCGGCAAGACGUUGGUCUAAUGAUCGAAAAAAUAACCCAUGUUACAUUAAUGUUUCGCCAGAUAAAACUAACCAUGGAAGAAUACGUGUGCCUUAAAGUAAUUACAAUGUUAAAUCAAGCUAAACCUGCCAGUAGUUCCGGUAAUAGUGAAUUGGAGAGCAUUCAUGAGCGAUACAUGACGUGCCUACGUGUUUACACACAACAUAUGUAUCCUCAACAAACGACGCGAUUUCAAGACUUACUAGGUAGAUUACCAGAGAUACAGUCUGCGGCAUCUCUUCUUCUAGAAAGUAAAAUGUUCUACGUUCCUUUUCUUCUAAAUUCGGCGAUUCAGAGGUAGUACACGAGUACAAGAAAAUGUGUAGAUAAGAAUCGUAUUUAUACAGAAAAUUAAAAUGAUGUAUAUAAUCGGUGCAAAUAGAUCGGACAUGAAAUCACCUAAUAUAAUUUGUUAAACAUCUGAUAUUUAUGUUUUAAUGAAAUGUUAAUUGUAAAUUAUCUUCACGAGUAUAUGUAGGGAAAGAGUAUAAUAGAUAAAUUAUAUGAUUUUAAAUGUAAAGUGCAUCGUAAUCACUGAAAAUGGAUGAUUUAAAACCGAGAAAAAUCAGAUUUUAAAGCACUAAACUGUGUGCGGAUGACCGCUACAUAAGUCUGAAUAAGUUGCCUUCUAUUGGUUGUAAAAUGGCGUACCGGAAGUUGAGGAAAAGAGUACUUUACAUCACAGUUCCUCACCGAGUUCGAAUAAAAACCGGCUUGCGGUACACCACUGUUACAAUAUCAAAUAUCUUAUAUAUUUACAUUAGAUGAUUAUAUAAAAUAAAUGUAAUAAUAAUUGAUAUGACAAGUCGUGUGGUAAAUGGGUCAUUUCCGCACGGCUAAUACGAUGUCGUAUGUUAUGACUGCCAAUUUUGUACGUAAGUUACCAGUGCAACCAAGUAUGUGUACAAAUUGUCGUUCCUUUGAGUUUUUGAUAAGACUAUUAAUCUUUUCAUGUAUACAAUAUGAAUACUAUACAACUUUUUUAUAUUUAUUUCGAAAAAUGGCUUAACGAAAUUCUCAAACAUUUCAUAGUUGUACUUAUAGAACAAACGAAGCAGAUUUUGCUGGUGUCCGUACUGUUUCUUGCUCGUUACUACAAAGAACGCACCAUUGCAGCAAAAACUACUUCUUUUGGGAAGAUUCAUACGAUUACCUGAUGUAUUAUGCAUCGUCUUGAGUUACCGUUAUUUUGUUAAUUAACAUUAAGGUUAUCUGAGCUUGUUUAUUAGAAAAUAAAGCUGAUUAUUAUUGUAAA